CCUCCCGGGCGGGGCGGGUUCCCCGGGACGGGACGGAGGCCAGAGCAAUCGAGCGAGCCGGCGGCGGAGCGGGAGGGGCGGCCCCGGCUUUCGUGCGCCCCCCGUCCGCCCGGCCGCCCGGCCGCGCUGGAGAUGGCCAAGCGGCUGCGGCUACUGCUGACCUCCAACUCGACGCUGCACGGCGGGACCUACUUGGGGCACUGCCAGCUCCACAUCCAGGACUUCUUGGGGCCGAAUGUGAAGAGAAUUUUGUUUGUUCCUUAUGCCCUGAGUGACCAAGAUGCUUAUGCCAAGAUGGCAAGAGAGAGGUUUGAAAGCUUGGGGUAUGGACUAGACAGUAUCCACGAAUCUCCUGAUCCCAGAGAAGCUGUAACGAAAGCAGAAGCAAUAUUCAUUGGUGGAGGCAAUACCUUUCGCCUUUUGAAAGUUCUUUACGACCACGGUCUGAUACAGCUGAUCAGGAGAAGAGUUCUCGAGGACGGGAUCCCAUACAUAGGAUCCAGUGCAGGAACUAAUGUGGCCACGAUCAGCAUCAACACGACCAACGACAUGCCGAUUGUGUACCCCCCUUCCUUGAUGGCCCUCGAUUUGGUUCCUUUCAACAUUAAUCCACAUUACUUGGAUCCAGAUGUUAACAGCACACACAUGGGGGAAACCCGUGAGAAAAGGAUUCUUCAGUACCAUGAAGAACCAAACACCCCUCCGGUGCUGGGCUUACGGGAAGGAUCGCUGCUGCUCGUGGAAGGGAACACAGCUACCCUUCAAGGAAAAACUGGAGCUCGGCUGUUUGUGAGAGGGAAAUCCCCAACGGAACACCCACCAGGAACGGAUUUCAGCUUCCUGCUGGCUGAGGGUUAUGAGAAACCUUAAAACUUUUGUCAUGCCCAAACCAGGCUUCCUGCCGAAUGGGUAUCAAAAUACCUUGUACCAGGGGAACAAAAAUCCAGACCCACCCAACUGCCAUUGGUUAUUAAAUUAUUGGGCCUAGUAAAUGGCUUCUGGGUAGAGUUUGGGCUUCUCAAAGAUGGAUCUCAGGAAUCUGUUUCAGUGAUAAUAUUUAAGUCCAGGAGAUGCAAACCAACCAGUAUGAAGUCUGAGCAGCUGCAAAGUAUUUUCCCUUUGCCACUGAGCAAUUAGUAUCUACAGAGAGGAGGGGUUUUCCACUCAGACUCUGUGUUGUUGACCUGGCACCUCACUUUUAAGUGCUACCUGAAUGGAAAAUUAUGGUAAUGGUGAGAUAGACAAAUUGGCUGGAAAGGUGUUGUGCUCCUGCUAAAGCAAGUACUUUGAAAACAAAUAAAAUUUCUUCCCAGUUAA